AUGGUUGAUAACACUUGCCGUAUCUUCCUUACGGCCAUUGUAUUGGUGAUUGUUUUCUUUGUGAGAAAAUUGCUCUCGAAGCGACACCAGAAGUCUGGAGUGCUGAUCCCAGACCAGUUUCAGGAAUUCCCAUUGAUUCUCAAGACUACUUUAAGUCAUAAUACAGCAUUGUAUCGGUUUGGUUUGCCUGGUGCCAAUGAUGUUCUCGGUUUACCCAUUGGUCAGCACAUUUCUAUCAGGGCGGUGAUCAAUGGACAGGAAAUUCUGCGCUCGUACACGCCUACUUCCCUCGAUACUGACGCCAAGGGAUACUUCGAGCUGUUGGUGAAAACUUACGAGAAAGGUAACAUCUCGAAGGUUAUCGGUGAUCUGAAAAUUGGUGAUAAGAUCCAGGUCCGUGGACCAAAGGGAUUUUACGGAUACAUGCCAAACAUGUAUUCGCACAUUGGAAUGGUGGCUGGUGGUACAGGUAUCUCGCCUAUGUACCAGAUCAUCAAGGCGAUUGCUACGAAUCCCGCAGACAGAACAAAAAUCUCACUUAUUUACGGGAAUGUGACCGAGGAAGAUAUUCUUUUGAAGGCAGAACUAGAUGCCAUUGUUGAGUCCAACCCAGAGCAAUUCAAGAUUCGCUACCUCCUAGACAAACCCCCAGCAGAGGAAUGGUCAGGCGGGGUUGGAUACGUCACGGAAGCUGUCAUGAAAGAAUAUUUGCCCAGCGCGGAGGAGCAAGGUGUCCAGCUCUUAUUGUGUGGACCUCGUCCAAUGGUAUCAUCUGUGAAAAAGGCAGCCGUUGAAUUGGGCUUCGAGAAAGCCAAACCAGUCUCCAAGAUGGGCGAUCAAGUCUUCGUCUUUUAA